UUUCUCUUCAAAUUAUCUUCCUUGCUUUCUCCGCUUAUUAGAGUUAGAAAUUCUCCUGAAUUUUUAAUCUUUAGCUUUUUGUUCUUGCAUGGCAGUUCGUUUUCUGGCUUAUGAGGUGGCUGACCUCUGCCUAGGCAAGCCGCCGCUCCGCUCCCUCUCCGCCUCCGCCACCGUCGCCGACGCCCUCGCCGCCGUCAAGUCCUCCGACGAUAAUUUCAUCAGCGUCUGGAGUUGUGACCACAAGAGGAAUCUGGAGUGCGUGUGUGUGGGGAAAGUGUGCAUGGUGGACAUCAUAUGCUAUCUCUGUAGAGAAGAGAAUUUGGGUUCCCCGGCUUUGGCUUUGAAGUCUCCUGUCUCUGUUUUGUUGUCUAAAGUUAAGGGCCUGGUCAGGCACGUGGAUCCCUCUUCCAGCUUGCUCGAAGCCAUUGAUCUGAUCCUCCAAGGUGCUCAGAAUCUGGUGGUUCCCAUAAAGAGCAACUCAAGGAGAAAACAACUCCCAAAAGCAUCAUCAUCGCCCUCAAUCACUCCCACCUUCCACAACGGCCAAGAAUUCUGCUGGCUAACUCAAGAAGAUGUGAUCAGAUUCCUCCUCAGCUCAAUCGGCCUAUUCUCCCCUAUCCCAACGCUCUCCAUCGACACCCUCGGCAUCAUCACCCACAAAUUCAUGGUCGUCGGCUACUAUUCCCCAGCCUCAUCGGCAAUCCCCGCCAUUUCCCUCUCCCUCCUGGAUCAAACUUCGGUCGCGGUGGUAGACGAACGUGGCGUUUUGAUCGGGGAGAUCUCCCCCUCCACGCUCGGCAGCUGCGAUGAAACAGUAGCAGCCGCCAUCAUGACCCUCUCAACCGGUGAACUAUUGGCCUACAUUGACUGCGGUGGCCCUCCAGAAGAAAUCGUAAGGGCCGUUAAUGAGAGGUUGAAGGAGAAAAACCUCCAAGGCGUUCUAGAAGAGCUAGUGAACAACAGCGGCAAUACCUCAUCAUCCGACGAGGAACUGCCAUCGCCCACCACACCAUUAUCGAGGCCGGGAUGGUACAGCAGGUCCAGCAGCUACUCAUCCCGGAUGGUGAGACGGGCGGAGGCCAUCGUGUGCCAUCCAUGGAGUUCACUGGUGGCAGUGAUGAUCCAGGCGAUCGCCCACCGUGUGAACUAUGUGUGGGUGAUCGAAGAUGAUUCCAUUGUGGUAGGAAUCGUGACUUUCGCUAACAUGUUGGAAGUAUUCCGGGAAAAUUUGGAGUCUGUGAUCUGACAGUGGCGAUCAAGAGGGUGGAGAAAGAUGAGUAGAUGAUGAUGAUGGUGGUAGGGUAUAAGAGUGUGUUAAUUGUUGUUGAGUGAUAAAAGGAGGAACAUAUUGUGAAUAUGAGCCUGUACUUUUAGUUGUCUGUAGCAUUGGUUUCGUGUUGCUGCUCAUCUCUUAUUUCAUAAUAAUAAUUAAAAAUGGCUGCUGCUUUUGGACUUU